GGUCUACACAUUUUUAACAAAUAAAAAGAACAUGCUGUUUUACAUGAAUUUCGGUCUUAAAUGAAAGAAAAACGAGCUAAAUGUGAGAAAAGUGAGCUAAAUCUUCACAAAAUGUCGAAUAUUAAACUGACUUAAUUUUUACAUUUGGCACCCCAUAUUAAGUUGGCGUUUUCGACACAGCAGUCUAACAUGGUCUCCUAAAUUAAGUGAAGGUGGUGUCAGGUGUGCGGUUUCACGGCGUCCUCGCGCUCAAACCAAACAAGACUGGCUCAGUACUGGCCCUUGUUUUAAGUGGACUUCUUGAUGUGAAGAACCCAAGCCGACAUGGGGAAGCUGAUUUUUUAUGUUCUUUACUCACUGCGCGACGCUCCUCGUCAGUUCCACAGGUAGGCCUCGAAAAAAGAAAAAAAGUUGUACAAUUGUUGUUGCAUUGAGUCAAAAUUUGUAACAUAUCGCCCUGGUUUCAAUGUCGGUAGCAAAUCCAACCGAAGAUGCUACCAAGUCCACGUGCCUCUACCUCUGCCCAAACAGCUGAUGGUCUUCGGUCUCGGGGAGUGGGAAUGCAGUGAGUCAACAAUCUCUGUAGAGGUUGUAGUUAGUGCAGAAGUACCUGCUCAGAAAAUAGGGACCCUGACAUCUCAAGCGAGGUAAGCCCCCUACCUGGUAGAGUGAAAGUAUAUGAGCUACAUUUGGGGAGAGAAAAAAUACACAUUUAGUACAACAUUGACUCUGAACUCAGGUGUCUGACCUGGGAGGGCGAGUGGAGCCCAGAUAUUGUGUCAGUGGCAGCAGAGAGAGGCAGAAAAGGAGUUUAUGGCAAGAUUGUGCUUACAGUGUGUGGAGAGGUAAGGUGUUCCCAGUUAUUAAUGCCCAGCGUAGACAGAACAGCCAAGCUGGUUCUGUUUAUAGAUCAAGGGAGUACAUCCACCCUUGGUUCAAAUGAUGCCUUCCCCUGUUGGAUUAAAUUUGUCUUUGACUUUUGAGCAGGUACAGGAUAAAUCCACUAUCUUCAGCACUCCUCAUCUGGUUCAGAGGAAAUUUCUCUUCCCAGACAAGCAUGACGCCUCUGAUCUCUCUUCCACUUUACACCAAAGCACUGCAAACGAAGCGGUGAGACAAACUUUGCUAAGUGGUUUCUCAAGUUUUACUUCUUAUCAUCUGACCGUCUAAGGCUUUUUUUUAAGCCUUAAAGUAUGUGAAUUGUUAAUGCUGUGCUACCUCCCCUUGCACAGGAGAGAACACUCAGAGCUACUUUUAAUGGUAACCUGACAUGGAGUCUAUUGGACAUGGACAGACUGGCUGAGGACAUUGAUCAGGCUUCAACCCCCAAGAAAGUGAGGCUGUCCAGGAAGACCAGCCGAGAGGACAUUUCUGUGCGGAUAAGGAGUGAGAGCAGAGAAGGUCAGAAAAUAACUAACACCCAUUAGGGGUUAUAUUUACGAACGUGAAGUGGAUUUUCACUGUGAUCAUGUUUAGUUUUAGCGUGUCCAUCAAAGCGCUGGAGCCACACGAUGUGUCUGAGUGACCCUGACACAGCCAUCCUCAUUGGAGGGGAGACAGCAGAACAAAACUACUGCAAGGACUCCCUGUGGAAGCUUGAGUUAGGUCAGUGGGAUACUUGUCUAUUAUGUUCUUCACACUAAACAAAGUGUUUGGCUUCAUUUAGUUUCUUUCCGCCCUCUUACAGACAAUGACUUCUGGUUCCCCAUGACCUCCUCUUCUCUUGGACCUGCACCUCCGUGUGCUUGUGGACACUCUGCAACCUAUGACCCUGACUCUAAGUCGGUCUUUGUUUACGGCGGCCUAAUGAAGGAUCAGUGCUACAGUGAACUGUACAUCCUUAAUACUCUUACCUGGAAGUGGAGGCUUGUCAAAGUGGGUUUGUUUGUUCCAAACCUCCUGUUUCCUUUUCUUAUCAAAGACUCAGGCAGAGUUUUUGUGAAUGUUUUUUUAUUUUUUAUUGCUCUGUUUGUGAUGUGAAUUUACUUCCUGUAGGCAAGAGGGAAUGUUCCAAAUUUGGCCUUUCACUCUGCAGCGUUUUAUAAGAAAGAGCUUUUUGUGUUUGGUGGAGUUAAGCCGAGCCACUUGUCUGAAGAGAAAUCUUGCAGUAAUGUUCUGUACAUCUUCAACCCAGAGUAUGAACUCUGGUACCAGCCCAUUGUGGAGGGAGACAGACCUCUGCCUCGGUAUGGGUAAGUCUGUUUCAAAGUCAUCUUAACUUCUGCUCAAAUUCAUUUUUCCUCAGACAUUAAUAUGUUUAUAUCAUGAACAGGCACUCAGUGACUUUGAUGUCACAGAAGUUGAUCAUAUUUGGUGGGCAGAGGACGGCCACCUACCUGAAUGACCUCCAUGUCCUAGAUCUGGGUGAGACAAAGAUAAAUUAUAUAGUGAAUAAUUGAUAUUAGCUGCAUCAGGCAUCAUCCUGUAUUGUGUUCAGGUUUAAGAAGAUAAUUAUUUGUUUUUAAUGAGGGAAGGAUUCAUGGAGUACACAGCUGUGAAGAGUGGAAACAUGCCACCACUGCCUCGAGGGUGAGUUCACAUCUACUCAUCAACCUUGAGAGAUGCCAUCCAAGUCCCCAUAUGGGCUUUGAAUUUUUGGCAUCUGACAGAAAUGAAAUUUAAUCUCAUAUUUUUAAGUGAAAAAUAGCAUCUUGUUUUAAGAUUUUCUUCCUGGUGUGUUUGUGGGAUACACAGUACAUAAAUGUAGUUAAUGUGAAAUAAUAAAGCAGGGUGGUUUCUUGAUGCUGUGUAAUGUGGCUGAUAUGAAAAACCUUGUUUGUAAAUGGACAGAUUUCACACAGCUGUUCCAGUGUCGGACAACAGGAUUCUGAUCAGUGGAGGCUGCAGUGCUGUUGGAGUCCUUAAGGAUGUUCAUAUUUUCAACACUGGUGAGUGGCUCGUCUGUGUCACUUUAGAAAACUAAAUUAAAGGGAAAGGUGAUGUUUGUUUUUGUUCGGUGCGGUUGGUACAAAUGUCUUCUAUCAGCUGUUAUAGACCCCCAACACACAUACUAACAAAUGCAAAUGCACUUUAAUCUUUUUUUCUGCCUUUUUAUUUUAAGAUCUUUUAUAAAUUAGAUUACCAGACACAAGAUUAAAAUUUGUGAUUAUGAUGUGAUUGUUGGUGCCUGAGACAGCUGCAAGGGACUAGGUAUCGGAGCACAAGACUAACACCACAUUCAGUUUUUAAUCAGUAUGGUCUUGUCAUGCAUGUCUUUGCUGUUGUGUUGCCAUUUGAUUGUGUUGUAUGAAAAACAUUUGUAAACCCAUGUUCUUAAAAGUGCAAGAUUAAGUUGUAUUUUCUUCUCUCCUUGUUCUCAGACACCAACAUGUGGAGCUCAGUGGUGCAUCCUCUACUCUGCUCCAAGCCUCGUGCGGGACACAGCAUGAUUCAUUUGGACUGCUCUAUCCCAGCAGAUGCUAAGAAACGGGAACAGGGCAAAAGUCUCCCUCUAAAAUGCCGCUUGCUGGUGUUUGGUGGGUCGGACUGCUCUGGUAACUUCUACAAUGACACAGUGAAGUGCACAGUAGAAAUUCCUGGCGAUUAA